CUCCUCACUUACUGAGGUUGUUGUUCGGACCCAGGUUUCAUUCGAGCGUUCCAAUUCCAAGCUCUCAAAUCAACCAGCUAUUCCCUCAGUUCAAUGUGACACGCAGAAUGGACCCACCUCUCCCUCUGCUACUAUCAUACUUUGUGUUCUUUUCUGUCUACUGGCUCUCUCUCACUCAACCAAAACGCUCGCUGUCCCGCCAAUUAUCUUUUCUUCUCCAAGUCUGCACCGCUUAUCCAAUUUUCUGCUCUAACUUGACCACUGGAAAUUCGGUUAUCGAUUACACGCUUGGUUCUUUCGUAUUUAGCUUUCUGCUAAACGCUUUCGCAUGGUCCUUCUUGACCGACGUGCCAGUACCAAAGCGGACCUCCAUAAAUCCAAACACCACCGAGUCGGAAACCCGUACUUAUGAACUUUCCCUUGAACAAGCUGCACGACUGGUAAUUUCACCACGUGGGAUUGGUUGGUCUCAUGAACCUACCCUAGCCCUUCCACCUCGUCCGAACGCCUUAGUAUCACGUUCCCAUUUCAUAUUGAGGCAAUUGGGAAUGGCAUUAAUGAACCUACUCAUUCUCGACCUGGUCUACGCCUGCAUGUGGAACGUGCCCUGUUUCCACAUAGGUGGCCCAACGAUCGGGGAUGCCUCCUAUGGAUUAUUGGGAAGAUGUCGAAACAUCCUGCUUUUUGCCAUAUCUGCCAUCGCCUCAAUGACUACCGCGUAUCAUUUCAUAUCAGCAUUUUGCCUCGCUAUACAAAUUUCCGAACCACAAAAUUGUCCUUCAUUCUACGGAGAUUUCACCAAGGCGUACACGCUCCGUGGGUUUUGGGGCCGCUCUUGGCACCAACUACUGCGUCCUAUUAUCAUGCCAUACAUACGUUUUCUAGCCGCCGAUAUAUUUCAUUUCCCGAGAGGUACAAAGUGUUACGAAGUGACCAUGCUCUAUGCCGGAUUUCUUCUGACCGGGGUCAUGCACCAAGUCGGAGACUUGAUGAUGCAUCGCAAUAUCUCCGCUGGAGGAAGCAUCGUCUUCUUUCCGUUGCAGGCCUUUGGGAUCACUCUUGAAUCAAUUGUGAUUGGUUGUCUACCGAAGGCGACUCCUGGUUGGGUGAGAACGGCAGUCGGAUAUGUAUGGGUGCUCUCUUGGUUCACUUGGUGUGCACCGAUAUAUGUGGAUCCACUCCUCCAGGGUGGUCUACUGGAUAAUGGACCUCGUUUCAGUUUGACCUCGGGACUACUGAAGGGCGAGUGGGUGCCUCAACCCGCGACCUAUUCGACUAAAAUCUUUUAA